AUGCUGAUCUCAUCCUCAAUGCAGAAAGCUGGUCAUUAUUGGGGAUGGAGCUUGUGGGAAGACCAGUUUACUGAGUGUAUUUACACUUGGUUAUUUCCCAACUGUGAGUCCCUCAUUCGGAUAUUAUCUCAUAAUCUGAUACUGGUUCCCACAGUAUUCGAAAACUAUGUCACGGAUUGCAGGGUUGAUGGUCGAUCUGUUCAGCUAGCUUUGUGGGAUACUGCAGGUCAAGAAGACUAUGAAAGGUUGCGGCCACUCGCGUAUUCCAAAGCGCAUGUUAUUCUGAUAGGAUUCGCUGUGGACACACCAGAUUCCUUGGAAAAUGUAAAGCACAAGUGGAUUGAGGAAGCAAACGAGCGAUGUCCCGGCGUACCUAUCAUUCUUGUCGGACUAAAGAAAGAUUUGCGCGAAGAUCCUCUGGCGAUUGAAGAAAUGCGGAAGAAGUCCCUACGCUUUGUUACUUCGAGGGAAGGAAGCGAAACUGCCACGCAAAUCGGCGCCAGGAAAUACCUCGAAUGCUCGUCGUUGACAGGGGAGGGAGUGGACGACGUUUUCGAAGCCGCUACUCGAGCCGCCCUUCUUACAUUCGAUAAGCGGAAGAGCUCAUGUUGCAUCGUGCUAUGA